AUGUCGGCCUCUCCUGCACCCACACCUCAGCCCUCCAUUCCCCCUGCAAACCGUCAUGCACUCACACCAGCCGAGCGACAGCGGGCGCAGCUCGAGAAGCUGCUCAAAGACCCUAGUAAGCCCGCGUACGUGCCUCCUCCGCCGAAGGAGAAGACGAUCAGGCCUCCCAGGGAGAUGAUGAAGAACGUGCAGGGCUCGAGUGCCGGUGCGGGCAGCGGCGAAUUUCACGUCUACAAGGCGAGCAGGCGGAGAGAGUACGAGCGGCUGAAGUUGUUGGAUGAGAAGUCACAGAAGGAGACAGAGGAGGCGGAGUUUGAGCGGAAGAGGAGAGAACGGGAGGAGCAAGCAGAGGCGAAGACUGCGAAGAACCGGGCGAAGAGGCAGAAAAAGAAAGAACGGUCGAAGGGUAAGGGUCCGGAGAAAGAGGCGGGCGCGGGUGCGGGUGCCGAGACGGAACAGUUCGAGGCACCGCUCAAGAAGAGGCGGCUCGUCAGCGGGAAGGAGCUUGUGUUUCGGAAGCCUGGGGAGGAAAGCGACGAAGAGCAGGAGGAGGAGGUCGGCCCUGCGCCAGUCGAGAGCAGUGAAUCUGCUGGUGCUGUCGCGACCGAGCCGCCUGCAGCGCCAAUUCUUGACAUACCGCGGAUUAUUAUCCACGAAGAAGACCCCCUAUGA